UUAUCGGCCCGUUCUACUUACUGGUAUGAACGCGGGGCUUUCCGGAGAUCCCCGACAGUGCAAUUUGGUGCAAAUUGGAAGUGUCUACGAUAUCAGAACUUUGGAAAUCUUGGAAAUCAUUCAUAAUGCAAUUUUCUCGCCCUUUUGAAUGUAAGUUUUUGCGCCCGAAUCCUUUCAUCCUCCUAUAAAGGCAUAAAGUUGACGUAUAUAUAUCUUAGCAUCAAAUCAAUCUCUUCCAAGUCCCAAUGGCGCAUAUAUUGCCACUAUCCUGCCAUCGAGGCUCCACAUCAGAGAGACGCGGUCCCUUGAUAUAAUACGCACUAUAUCACUUCCAUCUGAGCUCGCAUCAUCAAUAACAUCCUUUAUAUGGUCAUCCUCUUCCAAUCGCUUACUUCUGGCGUCUGCAGAUGUCAUACGCGUACUUUCUCCUAGCGACAACUACAUCUCUGCAACAAUUAACAGCCCGACCUCGGGGACUACGAAAACGACCUUUAUUUCAUUUGGAGGCACCGAUGAUGAAGUCUGCGUCUUUUCAGAAUUUGGUCUGAAAUUAACUAUAUUCAAUCUUAGUACUUCGAAAUGGGUGGAAAUUAGCUCAUCGAAGCUAUUCACUCCUGGUACCGCGGCAAAAGGAUUCUCACAUCGUCCGCGAUCCGGGAAUCUAACUCUUUUGACCAGAUCUGGUGGUAAAGAUGUAAUUAGUAUACACAAACCAGGAAGCUUGGAGGUUAUAAGAUCAUGGUCACCAGAAACAAUUGACGCUCAAGGAAUAAUGUGGAGCCCAGAUGGGAAAUGGAUAACGACAUGGGAAUCUGCCAGCCAAGGUCACAAAUUACUUGUCUAUACUGCUGAUGGCCAUUUGUAUAAAGCUUGGACUGGUCCAACGCCGGCCCAUGAGGAGGAUAAGGAUCUCGCUUUAGGUGCCGGAAUAAAAUCCAUCGAAUGGAGUCAGACGGGAACACAUGUUGCCAUUUCAGAUUAUAGUCGAAGAAUAGUGCUGUUGGCUGUCCCGACCUUCUCAGAAUCUAUGAUUUUGUCACAUGUACUUUCCGUAAACCCUACAGAUACUCUACACGUACGUUCACCCAUCUCUAACCUCAACACAGCUAUCUCUGACUGCUUAGAUCUGGAUUGAGCGCAUAUUGCCAUCCCCCCAUGGUGGUUUCACUCGAGAAUUCGUUCGAGCGAAACAAUCUACAUCACCCCCAACAGCAAGUGCUAUUCCAACCGCAGAUCCAAAGACAGGCACUAGUAUAAUGACAUUCGACAUAUCUGGCACACUAUUAGCAACCAAGAUUGAGGAAAUGCCAUCCGCAGUUUGGAUCUGGGAUGUCGGGUCUCGGUCACUCAGGGCACUGCUGAUAAUGCACGCCCCUGUAGCUCGGGUAACCUUUCAUCCCAGUGUCAACGAGCUUCUGAUGAUUAGAUGCGAGGGUGAAGAAAACAAAGACCGCGUGCAACUAUGGGAUCCAUCUUGGAUCACUCCAAGAAUUAUUACUUUUGGGGUGCAACUGCCAGAGGGUAAGGCCAUUGGAAAAUCAAUCAUCAGAUGGCUCAAUGUAGUAUCUGCACUACCAUGUAUUUUUUUCAGCGACUCGCAAGACUGCAUUCUCAUGUCAUUAUCGAAAGCAGAUGAUGCGGAAAUGGUCCCUUGGCAUGUUUCUGAAGCAAGAGAAGUUGAUAUAUACGGCCAAACAAAGGAGUCACCUUUGAACCUCGGUGGAGCUGACGGCAGGAAACUCUUUGGACGCGCAAAAGCUGACAGUAUCGCUGACAAGGAUAACUCAUACUUAGACAUGAGCGAAGGUAGUGAGGAGCUUGACGAUACCUUUCAUUUUCGGAAGCCCGAACAUGCCUGAGUCGCGGAGAACUAUUUGAUCAAUAUGCCAUGCCAUUUCGCGAAGGGAAUACAGGAAUAUACCUCUUCACCGCGAGCUGUCACUAACUCCACAACUAUUUGAUGAGAACUACCAUGAGCGAAGAUAUGGUGCGUCUAGUAUGAUUGUCUUCCUAUGAAGAUCCAAAGACAGUGAGUUGCCCGUCU